UCUUUUAUUACGUGUUAAUAUAUAUUAAGACGACCAACAUACGGAGAGAUGAAAUUUGUGGAAGUCGUUGAAAAACAAAGAGAAAUGCCAACAUUUCCUCAAUCAUUUCCAAUGAACGGUGGUGAUGGUCCGCACAGUUACAUCCACAAUUCCUCUUAUCAAAAAGUGGCGAUAGAUGGCGCUAAAGAAAGGACAAGGGAAGCAAUCUUAGAAAAACUCGAUCUUGAACUCCUAAACCGUAACUCUGAAUCAAGUAUCUUGAGAAUUGCUGAUUUUGGUUGUUCCAUUGGACCUAACACGUUCGAUGUUGUCCAAAAUAUCAUAGAUACGGAAUCUCCGGCAUUGAAUAAGAGCUAUAUUCAGUGUAAUAAUUUAGUUGAUGAAGUGACUAAGGCUUACAAGAUUCAGUUCAAAAAAGACAUAGGAGGUUUUCUUGAGGCAAGGGCGGAAGAGCUUGUCUCGGGCGGAUUGAUGAUCCUAUCAGGACAAUGCUUGCCCGAUGGUAUCCCAAAGGCUUUGACAUGGCAAGGUGUUGUGAUCGAUAUGAUUGGAGAUUGUCUUAUGGAUAUGGCUAAAUUGGGAAUAACGAGCAAGGAAAAGAUCGAACUGUUCAGUUUACCCACAUAUAUCCCGCAUAUUAGUGAAUUCAAGGCAAACAUUGAGCAAAAUGAAAACUUUACGAUCGAGACAAUGGAGGAGAUAAGUCAUCCUAUGGAUUAUAUGCCAUUAACCAACGACUUCAUCACUUCCAUGUUUCGAGCCAUUCUCAAUACGAUUAUUGAAAAACACUUUGGAGACGGUGUGGUCGAUGAACUAUUCGAUCGACUUGCUAAGAAGCUCGACAAGUACCCGAUUAAUUUCAGAAGGUGUAAAAAGUAUGUGAACUAUUUUAUUGUGCUUAAAAGAAAAUAAAAAUGGAGAUAAUGAGUAAUGACAACUAGUUAUGUCAUUAUUUAUGUUGUGUAGUUAUCAUAAUAAUAAUGUACAAAUCAUGUAAUGUGUGUGCGUGUGUGAAGUGUGUUUCGAUUCAAUAAAAAAAAUGGUCACUU